AUGGCUCCUCACGAAGAUGGAGAGAAUAACUUCUCCGAUGAUGAUUUUCUCAAUGAUAUACCAGCAGAUGCCCUAGACGAACUCGAGAAUAAUGCUAUAGCAUUCACCCAAGCCCAGAUUAAAGCCCCUCCUUCUUCUGAUUAUGGGGAUGAGUUUGACGACGAUGAUUUGGAUGAUGCAGUCGUCAUAGAUGAAGCCAGAAGUGCCCCUGCGGUUGUGCCAUAUAUAUCUCGAGACAAUGUAAAUCAGGCUGUUCGACACGAACAAUUUCAACAGCAACUUCAUGGAAAUGCAGAGAUUGUGGACAGGCCAAGAGAUUACAUUGGGCCUGCUCGUCCUCGACAACCAGAUCACUUACCACAGCCAUUUUCAAAUACAAUUUCACGAGAGAACUCGAACCUUUCUCGGCAGGCGACUCAAUCAGUAACGGACGGUGACAAUGAGGCACUUUUAAAACUAGUGCAGGAGUUGCAACAGAAAAACAAAGCUCUCGAGCAAGAAACUCUAUCGAAAAAUGGCGAAAUCUCAAUUCUACGUGGGAAAAUAGACAAAUCAGAAAAGGAAUAUGAACGCACACAAGCAGCGAAAGAGAAGUUACACGCGGAACAGUUAGCAAAACUACAAAAAGAUAGGGAAGCAGCUGAAAUCGCUGCGAGAAAUGCUACAAUCGAGCGUGAUUUCACGAAGCAAGAUUUAUUCGAAGAGACCGAAAGAGUCAAAAGGUUAAACAAAGCAAAAAAUUCUAAGGAUGCACAAGUUAUGACCCCGAAGAAGACAGAGCCAAUGCCAUUCAGGGACGGGUUUGAUGAUGAUGAGAUCGAGCUCCUUUCUCCUAGCAAGAUGUCCCCAUCGAAAUUUCAAAAACGGCAACCUGGAACGCCUUCGAGAGCAGCAAAGCGGAAACGCAAAGCUAAUGACAGCCCUUCAGCUAGUGCUUUAGAUUUGCUGCCUGUUCCAGAUUUACUUUCGCAAGCACAGAAGACUCCAUUGUUGGAUGAAUCAAUAUUAGAGAGACUUGUUCUACAGGAUGACCGAUCGGAUUUCCUUGCGGCCAUGCUAGAUCACCGACCGAACCGUAAUCACUUGAGGACUCUAGAAGCAUUUGGCAAGCAUUCUCUACCAUCAUCCUCAAAUGAAUCUUUUUCAUCCCUGAUUCUUGGAGAAAUGCCCAGGAUCGGUAUGAGAAAGCCUAUUUCCGAAGUACCGGCUGAAUUUUGCUUGUUCCUAAUACAAUUAUGGUCUAAGUGCAUGGAUGAAAGAUGUUACACGCCCAUUUACUUGUUUGUUGACAUUCUCACCUUUGCGCUCGAGUUAAAAACGCUCUCGAUUGUACCGCAUAUCAUUGAUCAACUCAUUCCCCUGGUGCAGAAAACGGCUGAUCUCGUCGCAAUUCCUCGUUUCAAAGGCGAGCCUUGCGAUCCUUAUGAUAAAGACAUUAAUGUAUCCGCUUGCUUAGCUCUGACUCACCUCGCUGCACUGGGCUGCGUUCCUGAACAAGAACAUAUAACCAGAUUUUGGAAAUUGAUGAGGUGGGACUUUGUUCUUCUUAUGCUUAGUCAAAAUCAACCCCCAGCAGAUUUCGAGUGGAUGUUGCGAAUUCUGUCCACCGGUGUUCUGAAAGAUACUUUUGGUAGCAAUCCAGACGAUAGUCCAAAGUUUAGAGCAUCUACAAACGCUGGUCAUAUUAUAGAACGUCUAACAUACCCACUAUUCGAGGUACCUUGCCUACCUAUGAGUGUGGCUAAAGCUGAUCCUGAUGUUGUCCUCAAAUUGCGUCUUCAAAUUAUAUCCUUAAUGACCGGUAUGACUCGAUCGCCCUAUGCUGGAAAUGCACUUGCUUCCCAUCCAACUGCAAUUGGUAGACUCAUCAGUUUAAUAAGCGAUGAAUUAGAUGGCCUAUAUGACCAUAAAUCAGGUCGUGAGGAUAGUGCCCGUCUCAUCAGUCUCGCAACUCGUCUUUUAUUCCACCUGGUCACUCGGUACGAAUUCGAUAUGCAAAAGAAGUUAUCAGUCAUUCGCGGCGGGUCACAAAAGUAUCUUCUUUGUUUGGCUAGACUAAACUUUUCAGAGGAUGACCUGGUUCUCGAGUCAGGUAUUGACCCAGAUAUCCCUGGCUUUGCAUUAGAAAUGUUGGAGAUGGUCGUUACCCCCGAAGAAGGGGAAGCCAUACAAGAAGCUUUGUCGAAUGGAUAA